AUGCCAGAUGAGCCAUUCGAUGAAAAUUCUAGCCCGUGGGAGCUUGCGGCUCUUGAAGCAAACAGUGUGGAUUUUGUAACAGAGGGUGAAAUCCGUGAGGCGACAAAUCAAGACGCAACCCUAACCGAAGUCUCCGUUGCCAUAGAGUCAGGAGAAUGGCCAGGUCAUCUGAACAGGUUUCGUUCAGUGAAAGACGAACUGUAUCUGAAGAAUGGGAUUGUUCUGAAGGGAGGUCGAGUGGUAAUCCCCGAAUCGCUGCGAGAGAAAACGCUGAGAGUAGCUCACGAAGGUCAUCCAUUGACAGCUAAACUGAAGGCCAUACUACGGGAGCGCGUAUGGUGGCCCGGAAUGCCAGGAGUUGCCGAAAAGUGGGUCAAAUCCUGCCAACAUUGCGCAGUCAACGGUAGACCAGAGAAACCUACUCCGAUGAAGCGUACCGUAGUCCCAAGGACUGCCUGGGAGACCAUCGCUCUGGAUUUUAAUGGCCCUUACGCCAAGUUCGGAGGAAUAUAUAUCCUCGUUAUCGUCGAUUACCGUUCACGAUACCUUAUCGCCCGGCCCGUCAAGUCGACUAGCUUCGAGGUGACGAAACGAGUGCUAGAAGAAAUCUUUGAUAAAGAAGGUUUUCCGGAGAGCAUGAAAAGUGAUAACGGGCCCCCAUUUAACGGGGAAGACUAUAAACAAUAUUGUCACGAGCGGGGGAUUAAAACCAUUUUUUCAACACCUUUCUUCCCGCAACAAAACGGUUUGGUUGAAAAUUACAUGAAAGUAAUCAACAAAUCCAUGGCCAUAGCGGUCUCCACUGGCUCAGAUUAUAAUGAAGAACUACAAGCUGCUAUUCGAGCGCACAAUUCCGCAUCUCACACCGUAACAAAAGUUCCUCCCGAGGAAAUCAUGCGAGGUAGAAGAAUCAAACGUGGAUUGCCUCUCUUUGAUCGUGGUCAAACAAAUCACGACGACGACGCUCUCAACAAGAGGGAUCGUGAAAUGAAACUGAAAGCCAAGGAACGGGAUGAUAUUCGACGUGGUGCCCGGAAAUGCCAACUGAAACCUGGAGAUACGAUGAUCAUAGAACGGCAGUUGCGAUUUGGCACACAACGAUAUACAGUGAUGGAAGAAAGGAAUGGAAACUUGUUGCUUACAGAUGAUGAUGGGCGCACAUUAAAACGACACGUCUCCCAGACAAAGAAGGUGUCUGAAUGGCGUGAUCAACCGAGAUCUACGGGCAGAUCCCAUCAAGAGGACAAAAAUAACAAACCGCUUGAACGAGCUGUUAGGGACAGAAGAAGUCCCAAGUAUUUGCAAGAUUUUGUUCGCAAUUUUGAUACCAUCCUCUUCGGCUGUCCAUGCUUCGGCCCGUUGACUCGGGUUGUGCGGUCGGUUUGGGCCUCGAUUGUGCUGCGAGCCCAAACUCGGCCUUUUUCACUGUCGAUCGUCGAACGGGUAAGUCCUGUCUGCGGGUUCUGGGCUGAUUCUAACGUGGCGCAGCGGGGUUUCCACAAUUAUCAACUUAUCAACUUAUCUCAGCAAACUUCCAAACAGCUGGUCAAGCUGGGCGAAAUUUUCAACGAAUGUCAGCAAUAUAUUUCGACUAUCAUUUAG